CACGCAGUGUACGUGACAUCAUAAAAAGGAGCCAACCGGCAAUCCAACCUCAAUUUGUCCAGCAGUUGCACUGCAGUUAAACACGUCGAUACAUCGAGAGCUCGUCCAACUUAAAUAACAAAAUGAGAACUUUAACAGUUGGAAAAAGAUUGACGACACCUGUCAUUUUGCUGGUGCUGGCCGGACUCGGUUUGAGUCAGGGCCGGCCCCCUCACCAACAAAAUCAGCCCAUGAUGAUGAGGUUCUGCGGGAUCGAGUUGACACUGGUCAUAGACGAAGUCUGCACCGCUCACAAAAGCCCGGACUUUGUCGAUCAUUUAAUUCUCAAUCGGCCAUCAUCGAAUAACGAAUCAACAGGUAACGGGCGGACGGAAUUGGACGACAAGAAAAGCGAUUCGCUGUUGCGACAAUGUUGCGUGAUCGGCUGCACGGAGGACGAUUUUUCUACUUUCUGCCGCAUCGACAGAAAUCAAAUAAGGGAAGUGGCGAUUCGGCUGAGGAGCGAAGAUGUAGACGCCGAUUGGCUGUACGAAUUUCUACCGCGGUACGGAGCCAUUCACGCGCCGGAAUAGAUUUAAAACAAAAUAAUAUGUGUAGUUUUUAAAGAUGACAUUUAUAUGUUGAUGUAUUUUGCUACUGGGUUCAUACGCUUUAAAAACUUUUAAUUAUUAUGCAGUAUAUAUAUAUAUCUAUAAAUAAUUAACCUUUGGGCGAUCAUUAUCAAUAAAUAAAGCCGCAACGCCGUAUUCAAAUUUUUCAACCCG